AUGAUUUUAGACGGAAACGAUCAGCCCAUAGAAUAUGUGGAAAUCGAUGUUACAAAGGACAUCAAAACCGAAGUGACGUUGGUCGGGAAAGAAUUUGAUGUAGAUUUCCUCAACAUGUCAUCUGACAAGUCCAUGAAAGCCGCUGCCGAGCUUGAGAAAAUGUAUGAUGAAAAGUUCACCAACAGUGAGUAUAAGGACAUAUAUGUUGGAACCACCGUCCUUGGAUUUCGAAACGGAAGUUUGAUUGGCGAGGUCAAAUCGGAAUUCAAAAUGAAGGUCAAAAUCGAAAAGAAGAAACCGGCGGAUACAACGUCUGAAACCACAACACAAGCUACAAUCGAAAUGAGCGCCGAAGACCUGGGGCUUAAAAUGGAAGUUGUAAUGAGUAUUAUCGAGAAGAUACCAGGCAUAAAGCCCAACGCAUUUUCAGAGGUAGACGAGUGUGGCUCCAGCCCGUGUAAGAAUUCCGGCACAUGUGAAGACCGCAUCAAUCGAUAUGUGUGCCUUUGUCCUCCUGGCUAUUCUGGGAUCAACUGUGAAACAGACAUCGACGAGUGUGACAGUUUCCCGUGCAUGCUCGAAGGUAUCUGCAAGGACUCGGUGAACAACUACACUUGUACGUGUCAGCGCGGUACAACCGGCAGGAACUGCGAAAUAAAUAUCGACGACUGUACACCCUAUCCAUGUGUUCAUGGCACGUGCAAUGAUGAACUGAAUGGGUACACAUGCACCUGUCAUCGUGGGUACACUGACAAGAACUGCACAACUGAUAUUGAUGACUGCGAUUCCAAGCCCUGUGUGCAUGGCAACUGUACUGACCAAGUAGCAGGCUACACAUGCAAAUGUGAAACAGGAUACACCGAUAGUAUUUGUCAAACAGAUAUUGACGACUGCGCCUCCCGCCCCUGUAUGCAUGGUAACUGUACGGAUAAAGUAGCAGGGUUUACAUGCUCUUGCUACCCUGGAUACUCCGGCACAACCUGCCAAACAGACAUUGACGACUGUGUCGGUGUUGUGUGCCAAAAUGGAGGCACCUGUAGGGAUAUGGUCAAUGGCUACAUCUGCAGCUGUGAACAUGGCUAUGUGGGUCUAAUGUGUGAAACUAACAAAAACGAUUGCAAUUCAAGCGUCUGUCAGAACGGUGCCAUUUGUGUCGAUCUUGUGAAUGACUAUCGAUGCAACUGUCCCGCUGGCUACAUGGGGGACCACUGUGAAAUUGAUAUCAACGAGUGCUCUCCAAAUCCAUGUAUCAAUGGGGCCUCCUGCAUUGAUCAAGUGAACAACUACACCUGCUUGUGUAGCGCUGGUUUCACAGGACGUUACUGCGAUUCAGAUAUCAACGAGUGCAUGCCGAAUCCAUGCCAUAAUGUGUCCACAUGCGUUGAUCAGGUGAACAAUUAUACAUGCGUCUGUAAAGCGGGUUUCACUGGACGUAACUGUGAUACGGAUAUCAACGAGUGCUCCUUUAAUCCAUGCAACAAUGGGGCCUCCUGCAUUGAUCAAGUAAACAACUUCACCUGCUUAUGUAGAGCUGGUUUCACUGGACGUAACUGCGAUACAGAUAUCAACGAGUGCAUGCCGAAUCCAUGCAAAAAUGGGUCCACAUGUGAAGACCAGGUGAACAAUUAUACAUGCGUCUGUAAAGCGGGUUUUACUGGACGUUACUGCGAUACAGAUGUUAACGAGUGCAUGCAAAAUCCAUGCAAUAACGGGUCCACAUGCGUUGAUCAAGUAAACAAUUACACGUGCGUCUGUAAAGCGGGUUUCACAGGACGUAACUGUGAUACAGAUAUUCACGAGUGCUCUCUAAAUCCAUGCAACAAUGGGGCCUCCUGCAUUGAUCAAGUAAACAACUACACCUGCUUGUGUAUAGCUGGUUUCACUGGACGUAACUGCGAUUCAGAUAUCAACGAGUGCAUGCCGAAUCCAUGCAAUAAUGGAUCCACAUGCGUGGACCAGGUGAACAAUUAUACAUGCGUAUGUAAAGCGGGGUUCACUGGACGUAACUGUGAUACAGAUAUCCACGAGUGCUCUCCAAAUCCAUGCAACAAUGGGGCCUCCUGCAUUGAUCAAGUAAACAACUAUACAUGCGUCUGUAAAGCGGGUUUCACUGGACGUAACUGUGAUACAGAUAACAACGAGUGCAUGCCGAAUCCAUGCAAUAAUGGGUCCACAUGCGUUGAUCAGGUGAACAAUUAUACAUGCGUCUGUAAAGCGGGUUUCACUGGACGUAACUGUGAUACAGGUAUCAACGAGUGCUCUCCAAAUCCAUGCAAGAAUGGGUCCACGUGCGUUGAUCAAGUGAACGACUACAAUUGCCUGUGUAGAGCUGGUUAUACUGGUCGUAACUGCGAUACAGAAUAA